AAAACUUAUUAUUUAUCUUAUGAGUUGGCUAAUAUAACCUUCACUAGUAGGUUUCUAAUUUUUUAUCUUAUAGGAGACAAACUGUAUUAUGAGGAAAGUUACUUUUCUUACUCUAACUAAUACUUAUCAAACAUAUUUUUAUACAAAACAUAAGAAAUUUAUACAAAGAAAAUAAUUAUUCAAGAAUGGCUCAAAGUGCUUCUCUUUUAACACGUAUAGUGGCUACUUCUAUAUCAGCUACAGUACGUGCAGGUAAAAUAAUUCGCGAUGUUAUGAGUCAAGGAGGGUUAAAAAUAGUAGAAAAGGGCAAAAAUGAUCUACAAACUGAAGCUGAUCGGUGUGCACAGAAAUGUAUUAUAACUUCUUUAAGUCAACUAUUUCCGAACAUCACUAUUAUUGGAGAAGAAGAACCUAAUAGUUGUGAAAUACCGUCCGAUUGGAUUGUCACCGAAGCAGAUCAAGAUAUUUUGAAGUUGAAAUUACCAGCGCAUCUUGAAAAUAUAGAUCCAAAAGAUGUGUGCGUUUGGGUAGAUCCUUUAGAUGGUACAUCUGAAUACACACAAGGACUUGUAGAGCAUGUUACAGUAUUAGUGGGAGUAGCAAUUGGAAAGAAAGCAGUUGGUGGUGUGAUUCAUCAGCCAUAUUAUAAGGAUAAUGAAAAGGGUAUAUUGGGUCGUACAUUAUGGGCAAUUAAUGAAGUAGGAUAUGGUGGAUUUGUACCAAUUUCACCUCCUGAUGGAAAAAGAUUUAUUACAACCACACGUUCUCACUCGGAUAAAAAUGUUAAAGCUGCUAUAGAUGCUUUGAGCCCAGAUGAGGUAAUUCGUGUAGGUGGUGCAGGUCAUAAAGUAAUUCUACUUUUGGAAGGUAAAGCACAUGCUUAUGUAUUUGCCAGUAAAGGUUGCAAAAAAUGGGAUACUUGUGCACCUGAAGCAGUGUUGCAUGCAAUUGGUGGAACUUUAACUGAUUUUUAUGGAGAAAAAUAUGCGUAUCAUGCAGAAACAAUACAUCCAAAUUUAAGAGGUGUUUUAGCUACUGCUCCUGGAGAGGCACAUCAGUGGUAUUUAAAUCAUAUACCAGAAGAAGUCAAACAAAAUUUACAAUAACACAAGUAAUUUGCUUCAAUGUUACACUUUUUAUGUCAUUCCUUAAUGAAUUUAUUUAUAUACUUAUUAUAUUUUAAUUAAUUUCUUUGGCUCGCAUACGCCCCACAUAGAACUUUCCAUUCACGCCGUCUUAUAUUUUCGUCAAGAACAAAAAUUUUCGAAAAGAUUUUUCCUAAAAUCUUAUAUCGAAUAACGUCCAACUGAAUAACAUCCUUAGUGCAUUUAUCAUACAGUGGGUCAUUAAUUCUAAGGAGCCAUGAAAAUCAUUUUU